CAAACUAGACGGGAGUUUCAAGGUUUUAUAUUACUAUAUAAAGUUGAUUUGUUAGGGUUAUUAUCCAGUUUCCGAUUUAACACCAAUUAUGAAUAAGUUGAUCAUCUGCCUCUUGAUCGUGGCUAUUGCUGCCACUUUGGCUCAAGCGGGCUAUAUUAGUUACGGCGGGGGCGGUUGGAGAUCCGGUGGCGGCUGGAGAUCUGGAGGAGGCGGAUGGAGGUCUGGAGGUUAUGGCGGCGGUCGCUCUGUUCGCGUUAUUAAAGUGUACGGUGGAAGCGGAGGUGGAUAUGGUGGCGGUUACGGAGGCUGGAGAUCAGGUGGAGGUGGAUGGAGGUCGAGUGGAUGGUGGUAAAGUCCUGUUUUCCAUUCGUCAAAUUUAUUUAAUAUUUUCAUGUUCAGAACGUUUGUGUAAAUAUUUCAUAUAAUAAAUUGAUGUUUAUAUUUUUUCAAAA